UGUUUGGCCCUACUUCACAAAGUGUUUUACUUGGUUUAAAAGCUCCCCCAGGCCCCUAUUAUUCUAAGCUACACCACUCUAUUCUCUUUAUUUCUUCUCAUUCUUCUGCUCUCCCACUGUUUCUCUCUUCACCCUUUGCCAUUCAUCUCCAAAGAAAUUUAUUAUUUUAACCAGAGAGGAAAAAGGAAACAAUUUGGAGCCAUUUAAUUAAAAAAAUGAAAGGUGAAUUUCUAGAACCCCAAAAUGAAGGUGAAAACCCCAAUAAUAAUAUGUUUUCAAAGCUUCACCACCCUUUUUCUCAUCACUUUCAACUCAGUCAUGAUUCCGAUGACACCCCCACUCCCAAACGCCCGACCCGUGGCAGUGGCGGCGGAGGAAGCGACGGAGCUAGCAUUGAAGUCAGCCGUAGACCUAGGGGCCGUCCUCCUGGUUCCAAAAACAAGCCCAAGCCACCACUUGUCGUCACUCCUGAUCCUCACCCUCCCAUGAGUCCUUACAUUCUCGAAAUUCCUAGUGGGAACGACGUCGUUGAAGCUCUCUCCCGUUUCUCUCGUCUCAAAAACAUUGGACUCUGUGUUCUAACGGGAUCCGGCGCCGUUUCAGAUGUUACUCUUCGUCAACCUACGACUACUACUCCAUCCCCAGCUACUGUUACUUUCCAUGGCAGAUUCGAUAUCUUAUCCCUCUGCGCUACGUUCUUACCCCAAACGGCGUCGUGUCACGUGCCUAACACGUUCUCCAUCUCUUUAGCCGGUCCUCAAGGGCAGAUCGUCGGGGGUUUCGUAGCCGGUUCGUUGGUUGCGGCUGCCACCGUGUUUAUAGUAGCUGCCACGGUUAACAACCCUUCCUAUCAUCGUUUACCAGGAGAAGACGACGAAACAAGAAACACGGUGUCAUCUAGUGGUGGUGAUGAUGGUGGGAAAGGACAGUCGCCGUCGUCUGGUGGUGGUGGAGAUGGAAGUCGCGGUGGUGGGGCUGAUUCUUGUGGUGUUUCAAUGUAUAGUUGUCACAUGGGUAGUGGUUCAGAUGUGAUUUGGGCCCCUACUGCAAGACCACCACCGCCUCCACCGCCUUAUUAAUGAGUUCAAAGUUUUUGGCUUUUUCAGCUUUUCUUUUUCAAAAAGAAAAGAAAGGAAAUUUAAAGGUUUCUUCACUUUGAAGCACUGUGAAUCAAUGGAGCUUAGGGUAUCCUGUUUUCUUUUUUGUUCUUUCCAUUUUGGGUAAUGUAGUGUUCUGUUUCGUGAACAUAUUAUUAUCAUUGCUUACCUUUCUUUAAAUUUUAAUCUGGAAUUAUUAGACAAUCAACAAAAAUUUGGUUUCUUCA